AUGGCACACCCUACAAUGGCCAUGGUGACAAUUGAUCGUCCUGCCGCUCCAGCGCCGGAUUCUUCGUCCCCCCUGAAACCAGCCGCCCAAGCUAAGCAACCCUCUGACCCGACGGCCACCCCAGACCCCAACCUUGUCAACCCCCGUCUUCUCGUGAAUGGAGCUUGUAUCUACGAGCGACACCUUCCAGGAGAUGCGUACAUUACUGCACACGUGCAGCGCCUUCAGCACGGGUUCUACGCCAGCCCCGCCGUGUCCAACCAAGACCACAACCACGUGGACUUCCUCGGUAUCACCUUCGUCUUCCACUCGCCCAAUACACUCUCCCAUCGCUUCAAAGCAGCUACAAUUCGGGCCUCUGUUCAGAGCGCAAGGGAGCAGUCAUCGUCGAGUAACCGGACCCGCCAUCCCCGCUUCCUCAUGCAUGCCCCGCACCUCCUCUACGGCGCCGUCUCCCCUGAAACACUACAGUGGAACUACAGCCUCAGCGGGUCGCUUGGAGUCUCUGACCUCCCUCUCGUCGCGAGCCUCUCACCCAGCGGUGGCAUGAAUGGUCGUUAUAAGCGGUAUGAGAUGAUGCGGAUUCAAGGGUCGGUGCGAUCGCUCAAAAGCCCGCGUGGUCGAGCCUUCGAUGUUGAGGGCGGCGAGAUCGUGUGGACCCUGGAGGAGAACAACCUGCAGCGAUCGGGCCUGCCGCGCGAGUUCACCUUCGCCAUGUUGAUCUCAAAACCCCGCGCGGAGAGCCGGGUCCAGUUUGCGCUGGACAUCGACCCCGUCGUCCAAUGCUGGUGGGCAAGUUACCCGGGGCCCCUGCUAGCCCUACCGCGAUACAAGCCCGUGCGUCGACGGCCGGUGGAUUUCCGGACAGAAGUGGGCCAGCGUUUCGAGCCCCUCACGGCAGACAAGGGGUUCAACUUUGCUGCCCUAGAAAGCUCAUUUGAUAAUUACGUGCAUAUGCCGGGGCGGAAGUUCUCAUCUGGCAUCUCCCCAGACGGCGGAAUAUCUCAAGACGACAACGAAGUCCGACGCGACGUGACCCGCGAUUGGACGAUGAUCGAACCGUUGCGUGGAGUUCCCAAGCUCCCCGCCUUGCUGCCGGGCAAAUCGGGACUCAACCUCAACCAGCCCAUUCCUGCAAUACCGGGAUUCGACCCGGGGAGUUUCACAAUGCGGUUACUGUUGGAUAAUGCACAUGGGUCAAGCAGCCGGUACGCGCAUGUGACAUCGGAAGUGACCAACGUACGAAACGGGCAGCGAACGGAGCGACGAAGCAAGGGAAAUAAUAAAUAG